AUGCGUCCAUGGGAAUUUCAAGAAUUUGUGGAGGAGAGAGCCAGUCUUAAGGCAGCUUUCAGAAGGCAGAUCAUCAUCAAGGAUAUUGAUACUGGUAUAUUAAACGAAGAUUCAGAAGAUUCAGUUUCAGACCAAUUCAGUGUUGAGUUUGAAGUUGAAUCUAAUGAUUCAGAAGAUUAUAGUCACAAUGAAGAAGGACAAGAACUCUCCGAAGAAGAUGAUGAGAUAUGCCAGAUCUAUCAGGUAGAGGAAAGUGACACCGACUCAUUGGAUGAAGACCCUGAAAUAUCCUUAGUCGAUUAUUGGAAGUGUCCUUCCUGUGACAAAAUCAACCCUCCACUUCCACCACAUUGCCACAAAUGUUGGACUUCGCGAGAAAAUUGGCUUUCUGAGGAGAAAGGUGAAGUUUUGGAUAAAGGCACAAUAGAAAAUCCCCCACAAAGGGAAGAAGAGGGCUUUGACGUUCCAGAUUGUAAGAACAAUAAAAUCAUUGACUCUCAAGAUUCGUGUGUUGAGGAAAGUGAUGAAAAGAUAGUACAGACAUCAGACUCUCAAGAGAGUGAGAAUUAUUCCCAGCCAUCAACAUCUAAAAGUAUCAUGUGUAGUAGUCAGGAAGAUGCUGGAGAUUUUGAGAGAAAAGAAGCACAAGACAAAGAAAAAAAUAUGGGAUGUUUUCUUCCCCUCAGCACAGUAGAGCCCUGUGUCAUCUGUCAGAGCCGACCUAAAAAUGGUUGCAUUGUCCAUGGAAGGACAGGACAUCUUAUGGCAUGUUUUACAUGUGCUAAGAAAUUGAAAAAGAGAAAUAAGCCUUGUCCAGUGUGUAGGCAGCCGAUUCAAAUGAUUGUGUUAACUUAUUUUCUCUAAAUGUAUUGUAGUAAAAGUGGAACUGUAGAAUCCUGUACAUGAAACGCUCUUUUAAGAAUGUUCACAUAUGGCUGUGAAAUUUAUUGAAAAUUUUAUUUUUGUAUCUUUUUUUCUGAGAAAAUGAGUAUUUUCGUUCUCUCUAGUGCAGUUUGCUUUUUGGAAAGAAUUUUUUUAUUUUCCUUGAGGAAAAAAUAUUUGGUUACUGGUCUUUUCCAGUUUUGCAUGAUUUUUAUUAGUAUUCAUUUGUAUUACUUACAGAGACAGUAGGGUAUAGUGGAUAGAAUACUAAUCUGGACAGAUCUAGGUUCAGAUAGCCCAUUGGACACUUGAAACUAAUUUGAUCCAGGAUGAAACACUCAACCUCUUGGUGCCUUAGUGGAUUCUUAAGGUUUAUUUUCUAAGUCAGAUAAGUCAUAAACCCAUUGGGUUUGUGGAACUACAGGUCAUUUACUGUGUGCCUCAUUAAGAAUUACUAGUUUGAAGACUGACUGUUUCUAUUUGUUAAAUAGUUCUAGUCUUCUAGAGUUGGGGAGUGUCAGGAUUUUUAAAAAGUUUGUGUAAAUGAUUUAAUAAGUAUUAUUUAAGUGUAAUAUUGUUGGGGAAAGGUAAUGAUGAUUCGUGAAAAUGAUUGUUUUUGAGUUGCAAAUAAGAUAGUCUUCAGGUUUCUGCUUUUUUGAAGUUUUAAAUACCUUCUGAUAAAAAUCUGUUCAUUUACUACCUCGAGUUCCUUUGCUAUUUUGUAUGUCAACACUAUCUGUUGUGGAGCCCAUUGUAAUUCAUUCUUUUUACAUUGCUUUGCCCUAGAAGGAUCACAGUAGGCAAAUCUUUUUAAGGGCCUCCAGUGCAUUUUUAGCAUGGACCUUUUGACUGAAUAUUAGCAUACCUCAGACCUCAAUUAAAGUUCGAUUUUGAGUUGAAAAGUGUUUUGUUUUGUUUUGUUUUCUACCAAGUUAAAAGUAAUUCAGAUAUGACUGAAUGGAUAUAUUAUCUUGGUCUGGAUACAUGGCCUUGGGUAGGUGUCUUUGAGUUUUAACGUAAACUUAAUAAAUUGAAAGCUGCCCACAUGAAAGCACAUUCUUAUAGAAUCUUUUGUUCCUCCCCUCUCCCCCACCUAACUGCCAAUUAAGUAUUUACUGGAUUUAUAUAGUUGUUAAACUAUUGUUUGCCAUAUGUUUGCCAUAUGUUUGGUUUCCAUGUGUUAAUAUUAGAAGAUGUCAGUCUUGGUGAUUUAAAACAGAUAAUUAAUGUGAAUUUCUACUUUGCUAUGCUAUUGAAGGUGAGCUUUGAUCCACAUUUACGAUUUUGGAUAUGGACACCUGCAACGUAAAUUUUUCUUUUGGGGAGCAGAUUUAUUUUCAUAAUUAUUGUUGCUUAGUCUGUGAAUUCUCUGAGCCACAGACUAAUUUGCUGACUGGAAAGCUAAUUCAGAUUUGGAAACUUGUCAUAAAAAUUCAUGUAGCUAAUUGAAAGUUCAUUAUGAAUGUGUUUGUGAAAGUUAAUAAAGAAAGUUAAAUACACUAGAGCUGGUUUCUUCUAUUUGAAUUGAAGACUGUUGGUGAACCAGAAAACUAAAGAUGCAGAUCAUUUCCCUAGAAUGUGUGCUCCAGCCUGAUAUGUGUGACAGUGCCAUUGGAUAGGACUGGGGGUGACUUAAAAGAAUUGCAGAUUUGGGGGCACCUAGAUGGCUCAAUCCCAGCCCUAAAGUCAGGAGGGACCCGAGUUCUAAUGUGGCCUCAGACACAAUACUUCCUGGCUGUGUGACCCUGGGCAAGUCCCUUAAUCCCAAUUGCCUUAGCAAAUGCC